ACCGUUGUGUGAGUAAACAUCGAGAUAUUAUUUUUAAAACACCGUGGAUAUCAAUGAAAAUAGGAGAUAACGACUCGUGUGUUUGAAAUAACAAUAACAUCUAAACCGUGCGGGCGCUGUCCACUUUAGUCCUAGCGUAACCAGCAAUUGUGAUAGUAAGUCAUAUAAGUGAUUGAACUCAAAGAGGUUUCGACUUUUUUCCUAAACUAAUAUCUCCAAGAAAAUGGUUCCAACACGAAACUCUACACAAGGACACGUUUUAAUCUCUGAGGAUAAAUAACAAGUGAUGAACAUAGUUCAAAAUAUCAAACGUCAAUUGUUAUUGGAUUUCAUUCAGCUGUUAUUGAACUUCGACACAAUCCAUCACCACAUUCUAUGAUCUUUGAACUACAAAAUAAGUCAAAGAACUAUAUUUAAAUAUUGAAAAAAGUUUUCACUAGAAGUUUGUCUAAGAAACCUUUUGUUAUGAUUAUGUUUUCUAGCACCACAACGUCACAUUCAGGUACUAAAAAUGCCUUAUUUAAAACCAUUCCGACGUACGAGACUUAUUGUAGCUGAGACUGGAGCAAAGCUAAUAUGACGUAUAACAGUAUAAAGGUGCUAUUUUAUCUUUUUUAGUAGCCCAGAAAGAUAAGUUUUUGUCUUGUUAUGAUAGUACCACCAGUUCCUAAUUUCUGCAGCCAAGGAUCUUCGACUGUUCUGCUACCACUGAUCAAAGUUAAACACGCCAAGAGCAGCAGAGUGGAUUUACAGUAUUCUCAACACGAAGGUUUAUAAAAAGAAGUUUAUCUUCGACAGAAGGGAAGUGUGUUUAUAUUGGAAGCUGAGAAUCAAAAAGAAAAGAAUUCUUUCUCGCUCGUGAAUUUUUGGAGCUUCGACGUUGAUUAUGUAAAAAGCAAAGUGAGAUAAAACUUAGUUCCAUUACGUCUACCAGAAAGAAAUUUUUGUUUGAUCAAGUUUACUGUGAAAAUAAUCUACUUAGACAAAUUGGAAGUGAGCUUUCUCUGAAACUGGUUUAACGAUGAAAGAAAAAACAGAAGACCAAUUUAAUGAAAACGAAAAAGAACGUUUUCAGAAACAACCGUCACGUCUUACGAUCUUUCUUCAGAUUAUAAAAACUAUGAGAAUCGAACCUUUUCUUUUCUUGUUCAUGUUUGGUGAGUCAGCAAGACGUGCUUCUCUCCAGAAUCUUUUGGAAGACAAGGCAUGUCAUCUAUACUUUCAGUUUCCAACAGAAAUCUGUUCCAAUCUGUCUAAUUAUACCACGAAAGAAGAUGAUGUGACGAGAGUAGCCAACAAUUACUCCAUGAUAAUAACUUUAAUUUCUAUGAUCCCUGGUAUAUUUCUCUCGGUGAUUGUCGGUCCAUGGAGUGAUAAACAUGGCCGAAAAAUUCCUAUGCUGUUUGCCACUUUUGGAGUUAUUCUUGAGCUUAUCGGUUACUUGCUAACUGCCAUUUUCUUUGACUUGCCUCUUUACUACAACGUUUUAUCUGCGAUACCAGCAGGUUUAACUGCCGGGAUGAUAAUAAUAUUGGGCUCAGUGUUCAGCAUGAUUUCUGAAACAUCAUCUAAGAAAUACCGGACAGUCAAGUUCUUUCUUCUAGAAAUGUCCAUAAUCCUGGGAUCUCCUUUGGGAACUGAGGUUGGUGGCCAACUAUACAGAUUUUAUGGAUACGUGUGCGUAUUUGCAGUGUCUUUAGGGGUGGUUACUAUUUCUUUUCUUUGGGUUUUGUUCUUUGUCCAGGACAGUAAAAAAUACGAACAUCAUAUGAAAAUAAAGGAUUUGAUAAAAGAUCUUUUUUCGAUUGAAAAUAUUAAAAACAGUUUCCACACUUGUAUCAAAAAGAGAGAAAAUCACGUGCGAGCUCAGAUCUGGCUUCUUAUGAUCACCAUGUGUUGUUUAAUGAUGGGCUUUAUGGGUACCUCAUCAAUUGGUUACUUUUACGCUCAAAAGAUGUACAACUGGGAGGUAACGCAAUAUUCCGAUGUCAGCGCCAUCUUUAGCAUAGCAAAGGCAGUUCUAAUGUUACCAUUAGUUAUAAUUCUAACGAAAAUUUACAACGUUAAAGAGCCUGUGAUAGGCAUACUAGGAGCAAUUUCAAUAAUGACAGAAAACAUAAUAAAGGGAUUAUCUACUUACCAGUGGUUGUAUUACCUAUCUAACGUUGUUUCCAUACCUGCAAUAUUGGCCGCUGUUGCUGUCAGGUCCCGUAUGUCUAAACUCGUUCCUCAAGAAGAACUUGGUGAGUGAUUUAUGCUUUAAUAUUAGCUAUCUACACACAUACAAACGAAUGAUCAAAUACAGAGCUGAAUGUUUGUUAUUCUUGUUCCCAAGUCGGGUUUUCACCUUCACGUUAUAAACCUAUUAGCAGACUUAAAUCGAAAUAAAUAAUAACAAUUAUUAAGCUUUUGUUUGUAAUUAAACACAAAGAUACACAAUGG